AUGUUUGUGGCGCCGCAUAAACCGGAAGAAAAGCCGCAACGGCCGGCGAUGUUGUUCUCGAUUUGCGAGAUCCGGCCCCAUCUCUUUAUUGCCGGAUACGGAGCCAUCACGGAGAAGAAAUUAAAAGAUCUGGGGAUCAAUUACGUCGUGGAUUGCACCAAUAUCCCCAAGGGAAAGUGUUACGAAGGAGUCGAGUACUUUGAUGUACCAGUUGAUGACAGUGAAAUGGGAAGGCUGAACAAAUAUUUCGAGAGCUCGGCGGAGUUCAUCGAGCAGGCCAAGAAAAAGGUGAGAAAAUGACUUUAUGGCAUCAUAUUACACUUUACAUACCUGUGUUACACUUUUAAAACAUCGUUUUCUCAGCCUAAUAUCCUCAGAUUUAUGAUGCAACACGGAUUUUUCCAUGUUUCUCAAGUUUAUGAGAGUCAUAAAGAAACCUAGCCAUAUGUUUGGAAUAUUAAUCUUCUCCUUUUUGCCUCUUUGCAACCAAAAAAAUAAAAUAAAAAUCUUUAAAAUUUUUGUAAAUCAUCGAAUUAUGUAUACUUGAUAAAAAUCACAAUUAAAACUUCUCUUCUAGGGAGGCAAAACCGUUGUGUAUUGUGCGGCAGGAGUGAGCCGAUCGGCCGCUUUAUGUAUGGUAUACCUCAUGAUCAGCGAAGGAAUCUCCCUGGAAGAAAGUUAUAUUGUUGUUUGCAAGUAAGUCGGAAAGAAAAAGAAGAAAAUCUCCGCUAAGCUUUGAGCUUUAAAAUCAAACUUUUUAUAACUUUAUGCCAUGGUUUACAGAGCCCGGCCACUGAUCGCUCCAAAUAAUGGAUUUUGGCGGCAAAUGAUUGAUUUUGAGAGGGAAAAGACGGGCCAAAACACGGUCCAACUGCUGAAAGGGAUGAAUCGACCAGUGCCCAGUGUCUACUUAAACAAGAGCAAGAUUGUUGGUACCCCUUGA